AAUCAAUUUUCGUUUUCACACAAACAAUAAGAAAUGGCUGGCUCCAAAGGAAAGGUUCUUCUCGCAUACUCCGGAGGUCUUGAUACCUCCUGCAUUUUGGCUUGGUUGAUCGAGCAGGGUUACGAGACCCUUGCUUACAUUGCCGAUGUUGGUCAGGAAGAAGACUUCGAGACCAUCCGCGCCAAGGCUCUUGCUGUCGGUGCCAGCAAGGUUUUCGUUGAAGAUCUUAAGAAGGAAUUCGUUGAGGAAUUGAUCUUCCCUGCCAUCCAGGCCAACGCCAUCUACGAGUCCGUCUACCUUCUCGGUACCUCCCUCGCUCGUCCCGUCAUUGCUCGCAGACAGAUCGAGAUUGCUACCCGUGAGGGCUGCAAGUACGUUUCCCACGGCUGCACCGGAAAGGGUAACGAUCAGGUUCGUUUCGAACUUGCCUACUACGCCUUGAACCACGACAUCGAGGUCAUUGCUCCCUGGAGAUUGCCUGUCUUCUUCAACCGCUUCCAGGGUAGACCUGAUCUCCUUGCCUUCGCUGCUGACAAGGGUAUUCCCGUUGUCCAGACCGCUGCCAAGCCUUGGUCUACUGAUGAGAACUUGUUCCACAUCUCUUACGAGGCCGGUAUCCUUGAGGACCCCAAUGUCACUCCUCCCAAGGACAUGUGGAAGCUCACCGUUGACCCCGAAGAUGCUCCCAACAAGCCCGAGCGCAUUACCAUCACCUUCGACAAGGGUAUUCCCGUCAAGGUUGUGAACAACGAUGACAAGACCGUUGUCACUGAGCCCGUCGCUCUCUUCACCUACCUCAACACUGUCGCCAGACGUAACGGUGUCGGUCGUAUCGAUAUUGUCGAGUCCCGUUUUAUUGGUGUCAAGUCCAGAGGUUGUUACGAGACUCCCGGUGGAACCAUUUUGCGUACUGCCCACAAGGAUCUCGAGGGUUUGACUCUCGACGGUCAGCUGCGUGCUCUCCGUGACCAGAGCAUCACCAUCCCCUACUCUCGCUGUCUCUACAACGGUCAGUACUUCUCCCCCGAGUGUGAGUUCUUGAACAAGUCCAUCCCCUUGACUCAGGUCAACGUGACUGGUGAUGUCAAGCUCAAGCUUUACAAGGGUAACACUAUCAUUGAGGGUCGCGUUGCUCGUGGUCCUGGUUCCAAGCUCUACAACAUCCGUGAGUCCUCCAUGGACGAACAGGGUGGUUACAACCCAGAGGAUGCCGAUGGUUUCAUCAAGGUUCACUCUAUCCGCCUUAAGAAGUGGACCCCCACCGAGCAGUUCUAAAUAAUGCCUCAUUCAAUACUCGCAUCUCAUCAUUCCACCUUUCAAUCUUUCUAUAAGCCUCUCUGUAAUCAAAAUAAACAUAUAAAAAAAAAGCCUCUGGUUUUUUUGUGUACAAGCU